GUUGGUUUUUUUUUUUUUUUCCCUAACCCCACUAGCAGGCACGAGCGUCGUUCCAAAAUACCAGCUGGCAAGGUGUGAGAUGCUGUCUGGCAGCAGAGUGCUCCCGCUCCCGCAGGGGCUGUGCCGAGCCUGAGAAAAUCCUCCACAAAGCGCCCUCAGCCUCGGGAGCACCCUCUUUAUAUUCUCUUCGUGUUGUCUCAUUAGUGCGGAAACUUGCUUUCGCACGAACGUUACCACCGACAUAAUUGCCUUAUGCAAUUAAAGCUCCUGGCUCUUUAAAUUCCAUGGGUAACAAAAAAAAAAGAAAGAAAAAGGGCUCACGCCUUUAGGAAUUAAAAGCUUUGCGUGGUUGGGCAGUCGGAUUGAAUAUCUCCAUGCUCCCUGCAGAAACACUGCUGUCGAGGCUUUGGACACAUGUCGACUUCUGCAGGCUUUGGAGCUGCUCUGCUGGCCCUAACGUUUUAUGCAGCCCAGGUCCAGAAGAAACUUCGUAAGAGAAGUCUGAAGAAUGUAGAUGGAAUGACUGACCUCGAGUACAGCCGCUGUGAAGUUACUGGCAGUUCGUUCCUGUGAACGCUGCCAUGCAAACAUACUGAAUUAUUUUCUUUCCUCCAAAAAGUCAAUGAACUGUUACGAAAUGUACUCAGUGUUCCACCAUGUACAGUCAUUUUGCUGUGAUAUUCCCAGCGAAAUGUUACUGUUUAUGUCUGUGUAAUAAGAAUGGAAAGAAAAUAUGCUUUUCUUAACAAGGCAUGGAUGCAAAGCCUAUUUAGGAUGGAUUUCAUGUUUGCAGCAUGGGGAGGUUUGGCUCUGAUGAAAAUCAUGUGUGUAGUUAGUUGUUACACGCACUGCGAGUCUCAAAUGACUGGGAUUAUGUUCUUCCAAUUUAACAAGGUUAUCCAUUCAGUAAGUGGAGAGAGAUGAGUCAGAGCACAACCCCAGAUCCCAGCUCGCAUCGAUUUAACAAGCCACAGGACAAGCUGCUAAAGCAGCGAGGACGGUUGUCAUCACUGGUGUUCCAGAUGGCCUUCUGCACGAUGAUGUCAUGACUGACAUACUGAUGAUUCACUUCCAAAUGUCGAAGAAUAACGGGGGAGAUGUGGAAGAAGUAAUAUAUCCGACGAUGCAAAAAGGAGUUGCAUAUGUAACUUUUGAAGAUCAGGAAGUUGUAGAGCAAGUUCUAAAGAAGGAUGAACAUCGACUAGAAGACAAGAGGUUGUCCAGAUACUAUCUGCUGACAGUAACCCGUUACUGUGAACAUGUCUUCAGUUCUGUCACGUCUGUCCUCAACAUGUCUGUUUUCAAAGAUCAGUUUGUUUUAGAAGACCUGAUAGAAGAACUUAAGAAGAAGAGCAGCGCAGCUUUGAGCUUUGGUCCUUUGCAAUCCAACGGGCAUGUUUCUGUUCAAGGGUCAUUUCCAGCAAUCAAAUUGCUAAGAGACUUUCUCUUACUAAAAGCAAAAUCCCUUUCAGAGAAGGACACAGGAGAAGUUCGUACGUCCCAUCAGAGACCAAGGAGGAGGUUACAGCAACCCAGACUUACCACGGAGACGAGUCGUUUCGUUCAUGGCGCAGGGGAAAAACAAGUGGUUGUUCUUGACACAGAUGUAUAUCACUACAUGAAGAACUUUUAUCCCAGGACAUUCCUAGGGAAUGAUGAUGUGGCAGUUUCAGGCGUUACCGAUGGUGAUGUAACUAUGGUGUAUAUUGAGAAUGCUGGAAGUAGGUCUAACGCCAAACAGGUGUUAGGAGUCAAAGAGAAAAUUGAAAAUCAGUCUCUGAAACUCCAUUAUCUUUUACGUAAAGAAAGGAUCUACUUUGAGGAGCAAAGUGGAGAUAAAAAGCAGAGAUAUAGACAGGCGUGUAAAAGUCUACACCCCUAUCACCCUCAUGUUUUGGUGAUUCCUUACGAUACUCACAUUGAUGUUAUAGGAUAUUCUUCUGAGAUUUUUGAAUUUACGAAGGCGCUGAGCAAUAAGAUUCAGAGCCCCCUUCAGACCAAGUAGGAAGUUAGUCUUCAUGCUUUUUGCACGUUGUUCUGGUGUGACCUGUGCACCUCCGUGUCCCUGCAGAUCCGUCACGUUCCUCCCACUCGCGGGCUAGGAAGUCUGCACGUGAACGAACUCACUCCCCCAAAAUUCCAAAUUAAGUUCAGAACAGGAAACAAAUGAUUUCUGUAUCUCUUGUAAGCUUAGAGACCAAAGGUGUUAGGCCUCCUCUGGCCAGAUCUAGCCACCUUUUUGCUUUUGCUAACCGCGCUCUGGGCACACGCGCACUCAUUCCACCUUGCUGUCGGGGAGCAUAUGAUAAGAAAAGAGGAAUAUUUUUUUUAAGAAGUCAGACUGACAAAGCUGGGCGAGCCAACCUGAUGUGAAAUACUGUGUCGAAGUUAAGGUGUAUUUCUUUGUGCUGGGACAUGACUGCUAAAAAUGGGAAUGGUGGCCUUUUUCUGUUCCCUUUAGUACAGAAGGAAGUUCUCGUCAUUGGGAUGCACAAAGAAGGUAAAGAUUCAGCACUUGAGGGGGGACUAAACACUUUAUUAAAUUUACAGGUUAGUCGUGUCCCGAGAAAGACCUUACAAGAUGGCAUUGGAAGUUCUUGACGGUUGAAAAUAAGCAAAUUUGUAUUCACAGGAGCAAUAAUGGGGUUUUUCCCAGCUGCAAGGGCAUUUGCAGCAUCCUUUGACAGCACGUUAUUUAGACAUGAAAGUGUAUCCAAAGUUUUGAGGGGAAAAUCUUGGGACAUUUAGACUUUUGAAUCAGAUUCUGUUUAUGUAAAUACGUUUAUAGAUCCAUUACAAAGGUCCAAAUGGCCAUUCUAAUUUAGGCUUUUUAUAAAACCAAUUUAGAAAAUAACUUAUUUUAUGAUACAGCGUGUUCAGAGUAUUUUGUCAAAACACACAGAGCAGUGGCUCUUUUGUCUUAUGUGUGGGAAAAGUUUUAUUAUUUUUUUUUAAUGCCAUUAAAGAAAUUAACUCUACAGA